AUUAUCUUAAACCUUCUGCCGUGCUAGCUGCUUCCGCUCAGCAGUUUGGAGAGAUGCGGUGCGUAAAGGAGUCCCGCUUCCAGCCUCCUCCCAGCGUGAGCGCGUUUCAGCAGCUCAGCAGUCAGGAGCGCUCAGCAGCAGUGUGAGAAGAUGCAUUUGCGUUUCUCGGUUUAGUUCGUUUUGGAUUUAGGCAGCUGAGCUGCAAAUCGGGCGAUAUAUGAUUUUGCAGGAAACUUGAGAUGUUUGGAUUUCUGUGGUGGAAAGUGUCAGCGUCAGGGGAGGAUUCUACUUCAUAAAGUAACGGAGUAACAUGAUGCUGAUUAUGAGAAUCGAUACCACCCGGAGAGGAUGCACCGCGCACCUUUACGCAUGAGGGAUGUACAGUGGACACACCUUGGGAUUGGUCUGGAUGCGAGGGCUGCAGAUCUGAUCAUGCGCUGGGUUUGAGGGCACAAAGCUGCACCCGAACCCUAAACUUCUGGGACGUUCAGUGAAGCAGACUCAGUUUUUGUGUGCGUGUGUGUGCGUCUGCGUUUGCAGAAGCCAGAAGGGAAAUGGCACUGAGCGAAAACUGUAAAACGCAACCUGCUAAAGAGGCGCAGAAUCCUUCAGCGGACGUUAUUGAGCUGAACGUGGGUGGGCAGGUUUAUUACACUCGUCACGCAACCCUGACAAGCUUUCCAAAUUCCCUGCUGGGGAAGCUCUUUUCUAACAAGAAAGGCUCUUCAAAUGACUUGUCACGGGACCUCAGAGGACGCUACUUUAUCGACAGGGAUGGCUUUUUGUUUCGGUAUGUGCUGGACUACCUCAGAGAUAAGCAGGUGGUCCUCCCUGACCACUUUCCAGAGAGGGGCAGGUUGAAAAGAGAGGCUGAGUACUUCCAGCUGCCGGAUUUGGCCAAACUGCUCUCCGUGGAGGAGUCGAAACUCUUUCCGGAUGAGUUCUACUUCAGCGAUCGGGAUGAUGAAUCCCAGAGCAGCGACCAAAGGUUUUACGCGUCUCACCCUUUGGACCGGAAGUGCGGAUACAUAACGGUGGCUUUCAGGGGCGCGUGCUCCACGGGAGGCAGGGAAAGUCAGCCUGAGUCCAAGCCAAAAAAGUUCCCAAGAAUCUUCAUCAGCAGCAGGAUCGGGUUGGCUAAAGAGGUGUUCGGAGACGCGCUGAGCGAGAACAGGGACACGGACCGCCCACCGGACCGCUACACCUGCAGGUUUUACCUCCGCUUCAAACACCUGGAGAGGGCUUUUGACAUGCUGUCAGAGUGCGGCUUUCACAUCGUGGCCUGCAACACGUCCCUCACCGCGUCCUCCGCGGGCCGUUACGCGGACGACAGGGUCUGGUCCAAUUACGCACAAUACAUCUUCUACCGUGGACCCUCGCGUUGGCCGUCCUCUCACUAUGACUGCUGCUGCAAGAGCCACAAAAGUGAGCGGGAAGGAGAGAGCGGCACAUCCUUUAAUGACCUCUCCACUUCCUGCUCAGAGACCCAGUCAGAAGCCAGUUCCCCUCAAGGAACUGUAAUCUGUGGUCCCGUGACCCGGCGGCCCAACAUCCAGACGCUGGAUCGCCCCCUGCCCAAGGGGCCAGUCCACAUGCUGCAGCAGGCAGAGAUGCGCCGCAAGACAGACAAUAUCCGAGUGAGAACCUUCGGAGUGCGGGAGCGGGAAGCUGCCAAGAGGAAAGCAAACAAGGAGAAGAUGACUCCGGAACAGGAGCUGGAGAAAUGCAUUCAGGACUUCCGGCGCAUCAGGAUUCCCGAUCGUUUUCCUGAGAGGAAGUACAUGUGGCAAUCAGAGCUCCUGAGAAAGUACCGCCUUUAAUGAGGAGAGAAAUAGUGAGGAAAACAAGACAGAGAUGUAGUACCACAGCCAGUAAAGAGUACUGAAAUGCGUCAGCAAUACACUGAAUACACUAAGACACAUACUGUACCAGAUAGAAGAAAAGACUGAACUGCAAAGCACACACAGUAUAGAUCAGAGGGAGUUAUUGAUUAGUGAACUUUGCACAGUUUUGUGUACAAUAUGCACAUGUGUAAAUCAGAAAGAGGAUUUAAACAAAAUCAAACUGCAGGUUAUGAUGACAUCACUGACAACAAAGCGACCUCAGGGGAAGCAUCAUUUCAGUUCACCAACCUUUUCACAUACGGUGUGUGCAAUAGCUGUUUUCUAAAGCUGGAUGUACCCAGAUGGUGCUGCGAGUACGCAACGGAACACCACUAUACUUCACAGAUAACACAACAUGUACGUUAAGUUUGCUUUGGCAACAGCACUGCAUGUCAUUUCACCCCUGUGCAUAAUUAUGCAAUAUCCAAACAAAGACUCAAUCCGCCGUCUCGUCUGAUGGGUGGUGAGUGAGACUGAGGGACUGAGCACUGCCUAGAUCUGUUUGCCAACAUAGAACUUUUUGUCUGAUGUUGUCAUAUGUGUUGUCUGACGAUUUUGUGUGGGUAGAGUAUAAAAUGCCAGUGGAUGUUGAUCUAAACCUUGAUUGUAAGUGUGCUGAAAAAUUAAAUAAACGAGUCAGAAUUCCA